CGACUGCCCAAUUGCAAUAUUAGUUAGGAAUGAGAAGGUAUAGAACUGAGGACCUGCGGAACUUCGUGCGAACGGGCACAAACGUUGGGAGUGGUUCUUUUGGCACGGUGUAUCACUGUCGCGAUGAUGAAAAAGAUAUUGCUGUCAAGAUAACAUCUGACAGGCGUAGCUAUGAACGGGAGGUUAAUGCGCUGCUCUCGCUUCACCACCCGAACAUUCUGGCCCUGAAGGGGCGUGGCAACUACAGCGACCGACAGCUCGCCCUGGUCUACGAAUUUUGCUCCAGCGGCAGCCUCGGGACGGCAAUCCGCAACCAGGUCCUUACACCAGAGGUUGUGAUGCGCAUUGCUGUUGGAGUCGCCAGAGCUCUGACUUAUGCGCACACGCGGAACUUUUUGCACGGAGACCUCAAGCCUGGAAACAUACUGCUCGACGAUCACUUUCGGCCGAAGGUCGGUGACUGGGGCCUUGCUGUCCUCGGCAACGUCGCCCCUUCCCGCGGCGAUCCACGCUUUCGAGACGGCCAGCACGUCUACACAAAGAAGUCUGACGUAUACAGCUAUGGCAUCGUGCUGAACCUGAUGAGGGGCGCCUGCAUGGGGCACUUGCCCCAGGCUUACCACCGAAUGGAGCACGACUGCAUGCACCCAAACCCCCAC